AUGAACUGGAACUCACUCUCUGAAACUCUCUCAGUUGUUACUGAAUGUAGAGACACAAUGAUCCGGAUUCUGCAGCUGCUGCUCACACUGACUCUGUCUAUAAGGACAGAUGGGUAUUAUACGUACACGACAGAUGAAUGUAUCACCAGUUCACCAGAUCUGUCGGAUGCGGAAUUCAUCAGGACCACGUAUUUUAAUAAGGAUCCAGUGGCACGGUUUAACAGCACUGUGGGGGAGUAUGUAGGGUUCACUGCGCUCGGAGUGAAGAAUGCAGAGCGCUUUAACAAGGGACCUGAAGUAGCGCAGAUGAGAGCUGAGCUGGAGAGAUACUGCAAACCCAAUCUACAAAUAGACUACUCUAAUGUUCUGGAGAAAACAGUGAAGCCAAGGGUCAAACUUGUGUCAGAAAAGCCGGGCAAUGGUGGUCAUCCAGCCAUGCUGAUGUGCAGCGCGUAUGGCUUCUACCCCCCAGCCAUCGAUGUGUACUGGCUGAAAGACGGUAAAAAGGUGACCCAUGCUGUGACCUCCACUGCAGAGAUGGCUGAUGGAGACUGGUACUACCAGAUCCACUCCCACCUGGAGUACACGCCCACAUCUGGAGAGAAGAUCUCCUGUGUGGUGGACCACGCCAGCUCCAAGGAGCCCAUCAUCUACAACUGGGAUGGCUCUCUUCCUGAGUCUGAGAAGAACAAGAUUGCUAUUGGAGCUUCAGGGCUGGUGUUGGGGAUCAUCCUGUCAGCUGCUGGAUUCAUCUACUACAAGAAGAAAUCCUCAGGGCGGAUCCUGGUGCCGAGUUAAGCUCUGGUCUUUGUGAUGUUGAGGACUCACCUUUAAUCUCAGGUGGUGAAGCAGGAGUCUACAACAGAUUUUGUCAUCUGCAUCCUGUUCAUAGAAUACAUUUUACACAGCUGUUUUAUUUCUAAGACUCUU